CUGAAUACUUAAAUUAUGUGUUCGUUUCUUCUUCAAAUUACAUAAAGACAGGUAUAUGAUUUAAAUAUAGCUUACCAAGAGGCCGGAACAAUGGGCUCCAAGUUCAACAAAUUCUAAGGAUCCAUGUUCGAGCACUCUGAGUAUCUAGGAAAUUUUUAGGCGGAAGGAUCGCGUCUUGCUAACAGCUGGCUUGUCGUAAGAGUCAGCUCUCAAUUACGUCCCGUCUGUCUGAUCAAAAUAAUUCGAGAGCAUCGUGAUAUUUAACUCGUACCACAAUGUAUAAUAUGAGAAAUGCAGUCUCUGUGUUAGGUUUGAUAACAGUGACAUAUUUGAACAUAAGCAUACAGACCGAUUACUUUCACGGAGCGAGAGAUCUGUUUGGUCCGUACCCCAGGAUACCAGAUGCGGAGAAGCUGAAGAGAGAGAUAACGUUUGCCGAGGAAUGUAGGAAAACUAUGUUCGCGCCCAAGGAAGUAUUCUAAUGAGACAGCGCGUGUGUAAAUAGAAAUAAAGUCAGCUUCGUCAAUGCAUUUGUUUAUGCGACGAAAGUGUAUAUCCUUUUAUGGAGGAGAAACAUAGCGAUAAAUAAAUGUAACAAUUUUUAAGCACA